ACACUAUCCGCUCUCUUGAGGCUUGGAAAAGGUUUAGAUCCAUCCGCAUAACGCAAAAAGCCGCCACAGCAGCGAAGCUCUUAACGUCUUUCGUAUCUGUAAACUUUGGUAACUAAUCUUGUGCUACGCCGGACAAGUGGAUAAGAGUACCAUAUUUCUAGUCGCACUUUGGUCGGGCCCUUCAUGGCAACGCAAGAACACAACAACGACGAGCGUCCCGCACUGCAAGUUGAAGUUAACGACAACCAACCAAUGCAACCACCUCUAGGCGAGUUCAUGGCACUGCACGCCCAAGCUGCGGUGACCUCCAGCGGUCGUGACAAAGACAGAGAAGACGAGACAAAGAAUGAGGGCAAUCAAGAGGCCCAUGAGGACAACAGCACACCCAAUCAAAAGCAGAAGAAGCGCGUACGGUAUCUGUGCGACGCUGACCGCCACGCUAUCAUUAAACGCAUUGAAAAAGGAGAAAAGCAGGCGGAUCUGGCCCGCGAAUACGGCGUCACUCGAGCAGCUAUCUGUCACAUUAACAAGAACCGCGAGGAGAUUAUCACACGCUACGACUCACUCAUCAGACAGGCGCAAGAAAUCCACAGAAGCGAGAGCUCUGCACAGCCAGAAGAGGACUCCAUGAUCAGAGAGCUUCAAUCCAGCUCCGUGUUACUACUCAUGACAACUCUACGCGACAGACGAUCGGGGCCAGAGACUUUUCGUCGCGCCGCUGGACGGCUAAUCAUGUUAUUGCUGGAGGAAGCGUUGUCAAUCAUCGGUUUACACCCGAUCGAAAUGACUACAGCUACCGGCUACGUGACGUAUGGACUGGAGCGGACAGACGAGUUUUGUGGUGUUGCCAUUGGUGCCGAAGGAUUCCCGUUCCUAGUGUUAUUUAACCAAAUGGAGCCCGAUGCAUCGCAAGGUUCCAUUCACGUCGAACAUGAAAUGGACGAGCAAGGAAUGAGCGUCUACCGAUUGAACCACGUCGACUUGCCGAGUGACAUCGCGCGGUACAGAGUUUUGCUCUUCAGCUCGACAGUCAACACAGGCGAGGCUGAGUGCAAAGCCAUCGAGACACUCCUUGAUCUGGGUGUUGAGGAGGAUCGGAUCACGCUAGUAAUCAUAUUGUGCUCCACGGACAGUCUUGAAGUCAUCUGCAACUGCUACCCGGGUGUUCGGAUCAUUACGAGUGGUAUUGACAGCACGGUCGACUCGGAGACUCAGAUGAUUAUCCCAGGCCUCGGCGACUUCAUAACAAGAUAUAACGGCGCAUGAAUUAAGUAGGGAGCAGUAGUAUUUGCCCUGUAUUCAGUAGUUCUUAUGAUCAACAAUGGCUCACUGGAAAAAAUAUUUGUUACUUCAG